UCUCGGACAUUUCCGUACCAUCCGGGGGAGCUAGCGACAUUGGUAACACUGACGAUGCUCCUUUCCAGAUGGUAUCUCCGGUGACUAAUUCGCGCAUUCGCGGACAGUACUGGAUAGUGCGGAUUACGGCGAGUAGUGUUUCAACGUUUCGGGUGCAGUGCGUGAGAUGAUCUUUGAGUUACGGAACUUGACAUUCCUUUAGCCAACAUCAAAAAGGAACGGAUCAACUUGAUAAAAGUUUAGCACAGAAUCACACAGCGGGUACAAAGCUGCUCUUUUUGUAAAUAUAAUUGAGGAAUCCAGGGAGAGAAAUAGUAAUAAGUAUAAUUUAUAAAAAACUACAUCAUGACAGAAUACAAGCUUGUAGUAGUUGGAGCUGGAGGCGUUGGAAAAUCAGCACUUACCAUUCAGCUAAUACAAAAUCACUUUGUUGACGAAUAUGAUCCUACUAUAGAAGAUUCGUAUAGAAAACAAGUUGUGAUCGAUGGAGAAACGUGCCUUCUAGAUAUAUUAGACACAGCGGGACAAGAGGAAUACAGUGCAAUGAGAGAUCAGUAUAUGAGAACAGGAGAAGGAUUCUUAUUAGUGUUUGCCGUAAAUUCGGCUAAAAGUUUUGAAGAUAUAGGAACAUAUAGGGAACAAAUAAAACGAGUAAAAGAUGCGGAAGAAGUACCAAUGGUAUUAGUCGGAAAUAAGUGCGAUCUUCAGCAGUCCUGGGCGGUGAACAUGACUCAAGCGAGAGAAAUUGCGCGACAGUAUGGUGUGCCAUUUGUAGAAACUUCGGCGAAAACGAGGAUGGGUGUAGACGAUGCCUUUUAUACUUUGGUCAGAGAAAUACGGAAAGAUAAAGAACGCACGGGUAAACCGCCCGGCAGUUCCGGAGGCAAGAAACGUCGAUGCUAUAUUUUAUAAAUCCGUGGAUAACACCAAUAUACUUUCACUCGACUAUUACAAUGUAGAAAUAGUGAAUAUGAAAAGCCUUACAUUAUGUUCACAGUACACAAAUAUUUGCAGCUUACUCUAUAUAGAUACUAAUUGUAAAAAACAGAUUGCAGCACAAUUUUUUCUAUUGAGAAUCAUUGAGAAGGAAGAACAAAUUACCUAAUAGUACUGUACGAUAUUACAUACAUUUUUACUAACGGGCUUAUGUUUUUCACAUAAGACAUAUUUAUCAGGCAAUUCGUAAUAUUCCAUUCGAAUGAAGUGUCUUAACCCUUGAUUGAACGAAAUGACGAUACUACUAAUUCUCUUUGUUACAUACGUAUGUUGACGUAAAAAGACAAAAUUUUUAUAUAUGUGCUUAUAUAAUUCGCAAAUAUAGCAUAUUUUACACACGCUGAUAUUCAUAUCGGUCAGCGUUAUAAUAUAUCCUGUUAUUUCUAUGCAGGUGAAUAUAAGUGGUUCAUUGCAGAACAAACAGGCCAAUGAUAAAACGUAAAACGUAUCACGCGUACGUAUUAUAAAUUUACUUUUAACUCAUAACUCAUACAUUUAGUUGAUAUGUAUUCAUCACUAUUAAUCACUCGUCGCACUAAUGGAUUUUAAUCAAGCAGCAAUUAUAAUAUAUCGGUAAAAUAAAAUCUAAUCGACGUACGAGUUGUUUUCUAACGACUUGUUAUGAAUUAAGUUUUGAUCAUUAUCAUUUUACAGCCAAUACGCCAAGCAAAUGAGACUAUCGUUCGAAACAAAGUAUAAAAGCACCGAGUCAUGAAGAAAAUAUCACAAACUUAAUUCAUUAUGUGCUGUGAUUAAAUAUUCUUAAGUACAUCAGAUUAGUUAAGUGUUACUGUGAUUAAGCCUGCAAUUCUUUUCUUUAACUAAGAAUUUAUUUAGUAAUUGUAGGAGAAUGCACAAACAUAAGAUCCUACUUAAGGAACAUGAAUUGUUUUUCAUACGAUUUCCAAGUAAAUAUGGAUCAAAUAACGAGUAUUGUAUAUCCUCGUCAAAAUAAAAUUCGCGCACAUGCCGAUUGUUAAAUUUCGAGAGGAGAAUAUCGCUUUCUUGUAUUAAUUUCUCAUAUUUUAUCUAUAUAUAUUAUUAACCAAAGGCUUAAUAUCCAAUUAAUCACGUACAUUUUAAAAACGUAUAAUUCUAGAAAUAAUGGGAUUUAUUGCAAGAAAGCUAUAUUCCUGCUAGUGUAUGCCUAUAAAUUUACUUUACAGUUUAGCAAUAUAUGUAUGUAUACUUAAAACUGCUAUUUUCCUAAACUUUAAGGAGAACCGUAAGAUAGCCACGCUGCUUUAAUUGAAACAGUGGAACAAACUUGCGUUUCUGCUUUUAAGUAAUAAAAAAAUUUGCUAAUUAAUUCACCAUGAUAUAACGUACACACGUACACACCAUAGGUAAUAGAGUAAAUGUAUAUUAACCGUGAUUUAUUGCGAUAUACUCCUAGUUUAAUCGAUAAAAUUAUUAUAAACUACCAGCAUAAGUACAGUACUCAAGUUGAUUGAGUAUUUUUUUCCGACAAUAAAAUAAUUUCGAUACAAUGAAUUUAUUCUUCAAUCAAUAUACAAGGUUGACUAGAUUAUAUAAUAUGUUCAAGAAACAAUCAAGGGUUAAAUCCUUCACUAAACGAUGCAAUUGAUAAAACUUCCAUAUUUUCAUAUGCGCGUGUAACAUGUAAUAUUUUUAAUAUUGUUUUCAGGUAAUGAAAAACAAUUUCUGUAUCCGUAAACAUAUAGCAUGCAGAACAUAUAGAUAUCAUUACAUAAUUUAACACUACAUAAUGAAAUUGUAUAUAAAAUUUGUUAUAUGCAUUCACUCGUUGAAUGCUUGCCUAGAAAAUCGUUACGACUCAUCCAUGCGAUUUACUUUUAUAACAUUAAUUAAAAUCUUUAUAACUUCCUUGUAACGAUAUUUCAUCAUUAAUACGAAUCCUUAGAAAUAAACCAUUCAUGAAUAGUA